AUGAAGUAUACAAUACUCGGCACAAUCUUCCUGUCUCCGUUUGCCUAUAGCAGGACCUCCCAAGAACUGUUCUGGGCCAUCACCUACCGCAACAUCAGCCAACCCGGCGCCUACAACCGGACCACUACAGUCGAUCCACGAACUGGUAUCUGUGGCCAUGAACGUGUCGCCUAUCCCAGCACAGGACCGCUGACGCCGUUGUUUGGACAGGUGUCAAUGCACCUUCGCGGACCGAUGAAUGUCUCUCAGCUCGCCGUCUACCAACUUCCGGAUGAGAUCCAUACAAUGCAGAAGCGGACUACAGUACUGUUCUACAACCGUCGUCGAGCAUUGAAGCAACAAGAACCACCGAUGGCCACGAACAUCACUACCAGACCGACGCAGUCGGCAUCGUCUAACUGGUUUGAUGUUUCCAACAAACGGACAUACAACACAACGGCCAGCUGCAUCCCAAAUGUCGUGACCAAGACGGUGACGGUGAAGGCGGUCUGUUCAUCGACUAGUACCCCACAGACUUCAUCAAACACGACUUACGUAGGUCCUCCGCUGCUGUGCUUACCUACAUCUACUACUACAUCGAUCAUCGGCUCUAGCCCGCCAAGACUGGAUUGCUCUUACGAAGGGCAUCAGGAUCUUGAUCCCAUCUUUCAGAGGCCCAAUGGACAGGUUUUCGUCAGUCCAGCACCAGCGUCAGCACCAACACCAUUGUCAACACAAGACACAUCACGGGUGUUUCAACGUCCUAACGGACAGCCUUUCGAUAUCCCUGUGCCUUCGCCAUCGUCCAUUGUGAAAAGAAAGGCUACCGAUUGGAGCCGAAUCGCAUACUACACAUCGACAGCACCGGCCCAAGCCACUGGACUCAGCUUCAUGGCUAAUCUGGGCGACCCUCAAAAGUCUGGUACUUUUGACUAUGCUUUCGGAAACUCGCUCAGCUACGUCACUCCUCGGGGUGACAAGGUUGCAGUUGAGAGUCUCCCGUUUGACGGCACGCUUCGUACGUCUGAGACUGAGAUUGUGGUCCUGUCUGACAAGGAGUGUGACGCGGAUUGUUCGUAUUGGAGACCAAACGCAACAUCUCACCAUGGCUGGUUGGGCUCGUCAAAAGCCUUCUUCAUCGAAUUCCAAAUGGACCACCGCCCCAACAUAGGCACAGAUCAAGGUAUGCUCUCCGACGCCCCAGCCUACUGGUUCCUCAACGCCGCAAUCCCUCGCGUCCUCCAAUACGGCAACGACCGCAAUAACAUUCCAUGUUCCUGCUGGUCAACCGGCUGCGGCGAGUUCGACGCCUUCGAGCUACUCAGCAAUGGCGCAAAACGUGCAAAGUCGACUAUACAUCGGCAGGGUAAUCUGGAGGGUGGUGAUUCGAACUAUUUUAGCAGACCGGUGGGGCAGACGAUGAAGUUUGCGGUUGUGUGGCAUUAUCCACAUAUCACGGCGUUGGUGUUGGACGAUAAGUUUGACUUCUCGCAGAGCAUGUCGGAUGAUGCUAUUCAGAAGUUGGUGGCGCGCGGAGGAGGCACAUUCGCAAACAUGUCUGCGCCAUCGCCGCCAAAGCCAUGGGAGACGAGCAACGGCGCGACAAGUGCCUCGGUCGGCCUCACUGGAUCGAAUAGCAGCACAACACCCACCUCGACGACGACAUCCUCGAGUGCGCCUCCGUUGCCAUCAGUACCAGACUCCCUCAGCACCGUCGCCAACCGCAACGCGUCCAACUACUCAGGCAUGAACAACCGAUACGGCUCCCCCUACAGCAGCGGAUAUGGAGGAAUGAGCAGCUACAGCUCACCCUACUCCAGCAUGGGCGGAGGCUACGGCUCCAUGUACGGUGGCAUGGGCGGCAUGGGUGGCAUGUACGGCGGCAUGGGAGGUAUGGGUAUGGGUAUGGGCGGAAUGUACGGUGGUAUGGGAGGCAUGCCGGGCGACCCAAACAGCAGCCUCACGCAAUCCUUCAGCCAAAGCACAGCAGCGACGUUUCAGUUGAUCGAGAACAUUGUCGGUGCGUUCGGCGGCUUUGCACAGAUGCUGCAAAGCACAUACAUGGCGACACAUUCGUCAUUCUUCGCCAUGGUAUCUGUCGCAGAGCAGUUCGGAAACCUACGACAAACGCUUGGCUCGGUAUUGGGCAUCUACACCAUAAUGCGAUGGAUAAGAACGGCAAUUGCUAAGCUCACCGGACGACCACUGCCAGCAGAUGCGACCGCUCUCACCCCCGCAAGCUUCGCAGCUUUCAACGGACGUAUGCCAGACGGCUCACCGGCACCCGCUAAGCCUUCCAAGAAGCCAUUCUUCGUUUUCAUGCUCGCUGUUUUCGGUUUGCCAUACCUAAUGGGCAAGCUCAUCAAGGCACUCGCACGAUCACAAGAAGCCGAGGAGCAAAGGAAGAUGCUAGAGAACCCCCAAGCCGGCCAACCGCUCGAUCCCAACAAGCUCGAGUUCUGCCGCGCGCUCUACGACUUCACACCCAACGCCAACAUGCAGGGAAUGGACCUGUCGGUAAAGAAGGGAGACAUGGUGGCUGUGCUCAGCAAGAGCGAUCCCAUGGGCAACGCCUCAGAGUGGUGGAAAUGCAGGUCAAGAGACGGACGUAUGGGCUACCUCCCCGGCAUCUACCUGGAGACAAUCCAACGAAAGACACCGGCACAAAUUACCAGCGGUAGCCAAAGCGGAAGCCCAGCUGGUAGCAGAACCCAGACAAUGACCAACAGCAGCGCCACAAGUAGGACUGCUACUAUGACUGGAGCCAAGGUACCAGAGAAGGUUGGUCCAAAGGUGGACAGCAAGGCAGGUGACAUGGGUGUCGAGAGUUUCCAGAAGGGCGCCUUUUACUCUUAG